AGCCCGUGUGCUCGGGCUCCCAACCCGGGCGUCCCGGCUCCCAGCCCCCCCCCACCCCCCCCCAGCGGUAGCAGAGAACGAGCCGGAAGUGAAGGUGAGCAGCCGGGGCGGAAAGGGUGAGGGACCGGAAGCGGGCCGCAGCGGAGGGGUAUUCGCGGGGCGGAAGUGCUAGCUGGACUGUGAGCGCUGCACCGGAAGUGUGCGGGAGCCGGACCGGAAAUAUGGGCAAAGCUGACCGGAAGUGAGCCGGCGACUGGAGAGGACCGGACCGGAACUACCACCCAUGGCCUGACCGGAAGGCGGCGCCAUGCGCGUGCGGCUGAAGAACGUGUUCGUGGUUUAUUUCCUCGUGUCCGUGACGGGGCUGCUCUACGCGCUCAUGCAGCUCGGGCAGCCCUGCGACUGCUCGGCCCAGCUGCGGGCGGGCGCGGAGCUGGGGCGCGCCCGGGACCAGCGCCUGGCGCAGCUGCAGGACGAGCUGCGGCGGCUGCAGGCGCGGGGGGGCCGGGGCCCCGCCACCGAGGCCCCUGUCACCCCCAUCUACGUCGUCACGCCCACGUACACCAGGCUGGUGCAGAAGGCGGAGCUGGUGCGGCUGUCGCAGACGCUGCUGCACGUGAAGGGCCUGCACUGGAUCGUGGUGGAGGACGCGCCGGCCCGGACGCCGCUGGUGUCGACGCUGCUAGCGCAGAGCGGGCUGAGCUUCACCCACCUGCACGUGGAGACGCCGCCCGAGCUGCAGCGCCAGGAGAGCGACCCCACCUGGCUGCGGCCCCGCGGCGUGGAGCAGCGCAACCGCGCUUUGCAGUGGCUGCGGGAGAACCGCCAACCCAGCGACCCCGGCGUGGUCUACUUCGCUGACGACGACAACACGUACAGCCUGCGCCUCUUUGAGGAGAUGCGCAGCACGCGGCGUGUGGCAGUGUGGCCGGUGGGGCUGGUGGGGGGCGUGCGUGUGGAGCGCCCGCUGGUGGAGGGGGGCCGCGUGGUAGGGUUCCGGGCGGGCUGGCGCCCCACGCGCCCCUUUGCCCUGGACAUGGCUGGCUUCGCUGUGGCGCUGCCACUGCUGCUGGCCACCCCCCGCGCCCGCUUCGACCCCCGUGCUGAGCGCGGGUUCCUGGAGAGCAGCCUGCUCAGCGCCCUCGUCUCCCUCGACCAGCUCGAGCCCAAGGCCGACAACUGCACCAAGGUGCUGGUGUGGCACACACGGACAGAGAAGCCCAAGAUGAAGCAGGAGGAGCUGCUGGGUCCUGAGCCCAACAUCGAGGUGUGACUCCCCCCACAUACACACCUCUCUCCAGCAAGGAACAGAAUCAGUGCCAUUACCAGGGGCUGCUGCUGGAUUUAUUGUGCUCCCCCUUCACCAACAGACACAUGGACACUGCCCCUCUUGGACUGCAGGCACGGUGGAGGGGGUGGGGGGCCGGUUUCUGCUCCUUGGGGGCCCCCCUAUGGAAGUUGAUGAUGCUGAGCUCAAUAAAGCGCCUGCCCCAGUU